UGAGUGGGAGACGGGUAUAGUGUCACUUGGGGUUUUUAAGGUUACAGAUCUACAGCUCAAUGUCUAGACGGUGGCAGGCCGCUGAAGAAAUGAGGGAUCGGAAGCUUCUUUGACAUUUUCAGUUUUUUUUUCGGACGGCACAGAGUAAAUGUGAGGGAUAUAAAACAACCUGCAGAGGACGACCAGUCCCUGCCGUGGACAAGUCAGUACUCCCAGGACCCAUUGACCACAGAAGAAUAUGGCUUUCUACAAGCGAGCCAAACUGCCUCGCAGCGACUCUGCGGAAACCAUCGUCUCAGGCGUUGAUCACCUCACGGUCUACACCCAUAACACCGCCUGCCUCCCCGUUGACCCAGCCUAUCACCAAAACAUCACCCGCCUAACCUCCUUCCAGCAAUCCAUUGAAGAAAGCACAUAUGACAUUGUCGCCCUCCAAGAGAUAUUCGAAACCAUCCAUCCUCCCUCCGCAGAGCUCAUGUCGCAAGAACUUCACCAUAGCAUCACAGGCAGAAUCCGAGUAAUUAUGAAAACAUUCAAAAAGAACGGUCUGGGAACGACAAAGCACAAACGACGACGCUUGAGUUCGUUUCACAGUAUAGGAACCCGGUUCAAUAAGCAGUUCUUUAGGAGGAUUGAUGGGGGGUUGUUGACGUAUUCUCGGUGGGAUUUGUGUACCAAGGGUCGAGAGCGGUCCAGGUUUGUUCCCUUCAAGGUCCAAACGGAUCCCAUGGAGCGCGGAAUGCUGCUGAGUGUCGUGCAAGUUCCGGGACACUCACCGAUCCUCCACAUCAACACCCACCUUUCCCCCGACUACCACCCCGAAUCACAACGAAUUCGGACGCUCCAGAUUCUCGAAAUCAUUCAUGAGGUCUCUACGCGAUACGCGGCACUCUCAUCUCGGAUCAUCCUCACAGGAGAUCUGAACAUCGACCUCCACGGCCCGCAGAAGAACCAGUUGGAUCUGUUGAUGGCUGGACUGCAGUUGACCACGUUGAACGAGAGUCGAUUGCCACCUGUCACAUUUGUUGGGAACGAGAAAGAUACGCAUGCGGCUGUUUUGGACUAUGUGUUAGUAAGUGAGGCGUUGGGUGAGAUAGUUGACCUACGGGCAGUUGACGGAGCCAUGUUUGGAGAUCAUGUUCCAAUGGUUGCAACGGUUGCGCUCAAGUAAAUGGGAAAAGUUGUAAAGCUCGUUGUACAUAUGUGUGUAGUAGAGCUCGCAAGGUAUAUAGGUACUGCGCUUCGGGAUUCGUUAUUGUGCAUAAUAUCUUAGACAAGACGUAACCAGACAAGACAACAAUUAUGAAUUGCGCAAAGUCGAG